AAAAAACUCGCGUCAGUUGAGCUGAGUGGCGAGUGCUGACUGCCGAAGCAGAACGCUGCAGAAAAGGGAAAGGCAAAUGGGGAAGAAGAAGAAGAGAGCUGAACUUGAAACGGAACCUGAACCAUCGACCAUAUCAGCUGAGAAGGUCGAUAGUGAUCAGGAAUUCAUCAAUGGAGAUUCUAACAAAAAGAUGAAGAAAAAGACGAAGAGGAAGAAGGUAGAAAUUGAACGGGGAAAUGAGGAAGCGAAAGAACAAGGGAGCGAAGCCAAGGAGCUGCCUACAGUUAGCGUAGCCGUGUCUGGUUCCAUUAUCGACAACGCUCAAUCGCUCGAACUCGCCACUCGCCUGGCUAGCCAGAUUGCUCGUGCCGCCACCAUCUUUCGGAUAGACGAGGUAGUGGUUUUCGAUAACAAGGCCACUUCUUCGAAUGAGGAUCCCACCACAACAAUGAACAACGGUUCAGAUGAGAAUGAAAGUGGGGCAGUUUUUCUAGUCAGGAUAUUGAGAUAUCUUGAAACUCCACAGUAUCUGCGGAAGGCUCUGUUUCCUAAACAUAAUAGCUUGCGAUUUGUGGGAAUGUUGCCUCCUCUUGACGCCCCACACCACCUUCGCAAGCAUGAGUGGGGGCCAUUUAGGGAAGGCGUCACGUUGCAUGAGAAAUGUCCGGACCCUGCUGGAACACUGGUUGAUGUAGGUUUGAGCAAGAAUGUUAUGAUUGAUCAACGACUUGAAGCAGGGACAAGAGUAACGGUGGCAAUGGGAACUGAUCGGAAUUUGGAUUCAGGCACGCCACUGCCAAUUGUUCCAUUUUCCAAGCCCAGGGAGGAAGCAGGGAUGUACUGGGGUUACCGAGUGCGGUAUGCUUCAAAUAUCAGUUCUGUGUUCAAGCAUUGUCCAUUCAAGGGUGGAUAUGACCACUCGAUUGGUACAUCUGAGCAUGGUCUAAAACGUAGUUCAUCAGAACUUUCUUUGCCUCCUUUCAAGCAUCUGUUGAUUGCUUUUGGUGGACUUGCUGGGUUGGAAGAAGGUGUCGAAGAAGACAGCAGCUUAAAGGGUACAAACGUCCGUAAGGUGUUUGAUUCGUACCUGAACACAUGUCCAGAUCAAGGGAGUCGGACGAUCAGAACAGAGGAAGCAAUCCUCAUAUCCCUCCAAUAUUUCCAAGAGCCUAUAAACCGAGCUCUGCAGAGAUUUCAUCGCUGAGUUAAACAACCAUGGACAUGAGCAACUCACAAUAUUUCCAUGAAACAUGAUGAAGAUCUUGCAAUCUUUCUACGAGCUAGUAGAUUCAGAUGUUGUAACUUUAUCUCUCCUUUUUAUCUUUCUGCCUAUCUGGGACAGUCAAUUUAGCAGGGAUUAAAAACAUUGGAGUUGGAGGGAAGAGCUUGAAUAGGUUACACUUGACAGUGUUUGUAGGUAUCUUAUAUUUCAUUGUUGUGCACGCAUGAAUUCAUUUAUUUUUUAAGUAGUAGUUCAUGUUUCAAGUAGAUUACAUAUUUUUAAAAGAAAGAUUCAUUUAUUCCAAAUGGAAAAAUAUUUU